GAAAGCAACCGAUCUGAACAAGCUAGUACCGCAAGCUAGCCGUAGCAACAUUGAUUCUGGCCUCGGAACUCGUGCGAGAAAGCAGCCGGAUUCGAGCCGAAGCGAGGCGUUGUAAAUCAAGGAACAGCAGACGUUGAACAAGGAGCAUACUCCCUCUACUGAAAUACGUGCUCAUUACGACUAUCGAAGAGUGGAACGGCUCCUAUUGAGGCAGUUAGGGGCAGGCAAUCUGAGGAGCUGAGUCGAUAUGAGCGAUCUAGAUCAGCAGAUCGAGCAACUGAGACGCUGCGAGCCUAUAUCCGAGCAACAAGUCAAGGACCUCUGCCUCAAAGCUAGAGAGAUCCUUAUCGAAGAAGGGAAUGUACAAUAUGUGGACAGUCCAGUAACAAUAUGUGGAGAUAUCCACGGACAGUUCUUUGAUCUUUUGGAGCUCUUCAAGGUCGGAGGUGAUUGUCCAGAAACGAAUUAUCUGUUUAUGGGCGAUUUCGUCGAUCGAGGGUUCUACUCAGUGGAAACAUUCCUACUACUAUUGCUCUACAAGGUCCGGUAUCCCGACAGGAUCACAUUGAUUCGAGGUAAUCACGAAUCACGGCAGAUCACCCAGGUCUAUGGGUUCUACGACGAAUGUCAGAGGAAAUAUGGAAGCGUAAACGUGUGGAGGUACUGCUGCGAUGUCUUUGACUACCUAAGUCUGGGAGCCGUGGUGGACGGGAGAGUGUUUUGCGUGCACGGAGGAUUGAGUCCAGCGCUCGGGACUCUAGACCAGAUCCGAAUAAUCGAUCGCAAGAUCGAAGUACCUCACGAAGGUGCCAUGUGCGAUCUCUUGUGGUCAGAUCCAGACGAUAUCGAGGGAUGGGGAGUUUCGCCCAGGGGUGCUGGCUAUCUUUUCGGAGCAGACGUCGUCAAGGCCUUCAAUCACGCAAAUGAUAUAGAGCUGAUAGCUCGAGCACAUCAACUGGUGCUAGAAGGAUACAAGCUCAUGUUUGACAGGAAGAUUGUCACGGUUUGGAGUGCACCAAAUUAUUGUUAUAGAUGCGGAAAUGUAGCCUCGAUAUUAGAACUAGACGAGAAUUUGCGGCAAGAAUACAAGGUCUUUGAAAAUGCACCCCACGACGUGAAAGGUAUCCCUGCCAAACGUCCUCUGCCAGAAUACUUCCUUUGAUACCUGGAAGUCUUGCGGCUUUCGCUUCGCUUUCGAAUUUUUUUUUCCAACAAUCAUGCGAGUACUUGCCAAGGAGUAGCCUUGUAAUGUGACGCCUGCAGUGGACUUGUAGAAUCUGUGGUCGUGUAACGAUAAUGAUGUAUGUCCAAAUUGGCUUACGUAACCCAUGUCCCAUACGGGGCUGCGACAUCAUCAACAAACGAC